GUGGCCCUGAGCUUGAACGCGGGGGGAGGAGACGGACGGAGCUGGGGGUUUUGGAGGAGCAGAGGAUGGAUUUCCUGGUUGGAGCCACACCUCAGACUGAGAGAGCCCCUAAGAGCUGCAACGCUUUUCUUCCAGCCUCUGCUGUCGCUGCUCUGCGAUCAAGCGUGAAGGUGCAGCUUUGAACUCUCCGCACUUUGGAUUUGAUCUUUUCUUUUUUUCACCAGAUUUGUGGAAUAAACACGUUUUCUUCUUCAGCUGCUAAAGAUCUGUUGAAUUAAUCAGGGACAUACUGACUCCAGCCUGCGCUGGCGUUUUGGGGGUUUUAGGCGUCUGAGCUUUGUCGUCAGUCAAGUUUUUGGCCUGAAUGCCCCAGGAUUACCCUCAGGCUGUAGUUCCUCCUCUGGCCUGCAGGGCGGCAACAGAGAGCAGCAUCCGGCCGCUGGACAGACCGAGCCUCGGCAUGAGCGACUUCUGGCACAAGAUGGGCUGCUGCGUGGUAGCUAAACCACCGCCGAAGAAAAAGAGGAGGAAGAUUGAUCGCAGCAUGAUUGGAGAACCGACUAACUUCAUCCACCUCACACACAUCGGCUCUGGAGAGAUGGCAGAGGGCCUGCAGCCGUCGGGGUCGGUCCAGGAGCAGAUGAGGUCUAAAGGCCCAAACAUGAACGGAAGGAACAGCGUGUUAUAGCCGGAGUGUAUGACAUCGACCCAGACCAGCUGACCGACCUCUUCCUCUCCACACUGAGCCUCACCUCUAGCACUUGACUGCCAGCCAGGUGGUUUGACUCCCUCCUCCACCCUACUAAAGUGCCCUUGUGCAAAGCGCUGAACCCCUAACACCUACAGGAGGCACUAGCCUGACCAGAUAUAACUGUGGAUUUUUUUGUACUCACCAAGACUGAAAAUCAGUUCCCACUUUUAAAGAAACCAGAAUAAAACGAAUAUUUUUGGUCACUACAGGUUUCCCUGUCAGUAUUAACGUCAUUAGACUCCAUUUCCCAGCAUCCAUUUCAAUUUUUUCAGUAUCAAACAAAUGACAGGAUGUCUGUAUUUAUGAAAGAAAAAGGUUUUCUGGCUCCAAAGUGUUCAAUUUAAGAUUUCAUGUGGACGUUUUUUUCUGGAGUGUUUUUUACUGGACUUCAUUUCCAAGGAUGGCCCAUUGUUUAGUAUUCAGCUCCUGAAGGAUUAUUACACCUUUGUGGGGCUUCGUCAGCAGAUUCUGAACCGUGCGUAUGUUCAGGGAUCACGUGGCCAAAGCGAUUACAUCACUGGAUGUCCUCUCCCAGGACGCUGCUGGUGCUGAAUUUUAAAGGACUCUUGUUUUAGGAGACGGGAAAGUCCCAUGAAUCCCUGCUACACUGGACUGCACUGUGUGUGUGUGUGUGUGUGUAUGCUUGUGCUCUUACAUGUCGAUCUUUGUGGGGACCUGUGUGAUUGUUAGAUCAUGUGAGGACAUGCCUGCAGAGGGCUCAGAUUUGUUGUUCAGGUUGUGUCAUGGAGGGUCCUCACAACGAUAGAAAUCCAGACAUGCCUGUGUGAGGUCAUAUGUGGCUUGGUUCACUCGGAGAGGACUGGACCCACAGUCCUAAACCUCCACUAGAAAAACACCAAAAGUUAUCAUUAUUAUUGUUAUUAUUAUUCAGAAAGUUCUUUGUUUUUAUUUUUGACACUUUUUAAAUUCUUCAUCCAAUUACUGUGUUACUCAAACUGUGGUUCAGGGACCCCAAACGGGGCUUCAGAUGACAUAUUUUAGCUCCUUAUUUUUAGCGCACUGCUUGAAACAUCUGUUGUAAGCUAAGGUGUCACAGUUAUUACUGCUUUAAACGUGUGUAAUCUUCUGCUGUUCCUGAUUGGCUGUCUCACAUCUGCUCAGUUUUUAUCCAGAUGUUCAGGUUGAUCUCAGCUCACAAACCAAAUGUGUUUAAUGUGGUCAUGAAAAAGAUCAUUUUGUAGUUUUUGAAACAUCUGCUGAUAAAACUGAUGUUGAUGUUUCGUAAAAGUUUCCUUCCAGAUCUUUCUGUCAUAGCUGAACAUUAGUCCACAUUGUAUUUAUUUUUGUAAAUCACACUAACGUACAGGUUGGUCCAAAUGUGUCCCAGGUCUGUGUGCACCAGCCAAUCCUGUUUCACAUCCAGUUAUUAAAUGUGUUUGCCAGUAGGAGCCAGCACUGUUUGUUUCUGCUCCAAACACGCACACAAACGCAUCACAGUCAUGACAGUGAGCCAUGUCUUAUUGGUCGAUUUAUUCGAGUCGCACCGUUCAUGAACGCCAUCCUGUACCCAGAUGCUCUAACAGCAGCGCUGACUUGUCAGGGAAAACUGUCUGAAUGGUUACCGUGGAAACCACCGAGCGACGCGGCAGCUGGCCACUUCCUCCAAGCAGUGGCGAGGACAGGAACGCAAGUGCCCGAGCUUCAGGUGCAAUCGUUAACUGCGCAGAGCGUGGGAGGAGUUAGUCAGUAAUGAGUCUUUAUUGCUGGUCCUUGUAAAAGUAUUUGACUCAGCUCGUUUCAGCUUGUCGCUGAAAACGUUUGUGUUCACAAACUGAGACGUGCAGCGUUAACGCUGCAGUUAAACCAGCGUCGGGACGCCUCUGACCCGUGUCAACACUCGAUUGAAGUCUGAACCUGUUGUCCUUCGAUUAGUUCGUCCUGUUCAAAGACACAGGGACUGUUUUAGUGGACACGAAGGAAGGAUAGGUCUCUGAUUCCAACACUUUCACCUGGGACAAACUCUGUUUUCCUGUGGAGCAUCUUUGUUUUGGAUCAUUUUAGCUCCAGAAACUGUUACUCUCAUUCUAGACUCAUGCUGGGAACCUGAAUGUCUCCUCCACCAAGGCCUGAAGAAGAUCAGAAUGUUUUCUUAAGAUCAAGAUGUUCAGCCUGAGAUGUUUCAUUGUGAAUUUUUUUUCCAGGACAGCUGAAACUCGGAUCUUUAUCCUUUUUUUGUGUCAUAUCAAACAUAUUUAAUCCUCCUGAGAGGAAAUGCUCAGGCUGCUCUGAACGCUCAGCUUCCAACAGCUCGUUCUACUUUUAUAAUGGAUGUCUGCCCAUCGACUAACUGCAGGCUUCCAGGCACUGACCAAUCAGAAGACAGUGGGAUUUAGGGAGGGCUGUCUUAAAGAGACAGGAGCAUACAAGGGAUUGUUUGGAUCUGGGAGUCGUGCACAGAUAAUGAUUUGAUUACAAAAAUCUGACCAUGUCAGAAACCGUCCCGACUGCUGUGACCCGACUGCAUGUAGGUGAAGACAAGGAAGUCUCCAGGCUGGAGUCGACAUCGUGGCUCAGUCAUUCUUGCUCUUGGAUUCUGGAUUCUUGGAAAUUCAGAGUUGCGAGUUGAGCCGUCGGGUGCUGAAGCCUCUUCCUGUCGACAGUCCUUUCCCUUCAGGUGGAAACAGACCGAGUGCUUUUGUCUAAUUAUCACGUUAAGCUUUUAUUUUGUGAAAGACGCUGAUUCUAUUGGUGCAUAUGAUUGUUGCAUUGAGAGUACUGAUCACAGAGCUUCUCUGGAAGAGCCUCGGUGGGAGCGCUGUCCAAAACCACACAGUCCUCAUUAGAACAACUUUUACUUUUGCAGCUGUUUGUCUUCUGACACUCUGAUAAACUCUGAUGUCAGCCAAUCAGCAGCCCCCCUGCAGCUGCGCUGGGAUUAAAGUGAAUGCAAAUGAUUGGGCAGAAGAGUUUUAAUGGAUUUCUUCUGAGCUGUGUUCACGUUUGAUUAGCUGAGGAAACUGUCAGUCAGCGAGCUGUGGUGGUUUUGGUUUUAAAGCUGUGAGCGUGAAUCACAACACUUCCUGCUGGUCCAAUGAUGGUCUGCUGACCCGGCGAGAGCUGAGGAACGAGCUGAAGUCGGGAGCGAAGCUGAAACUGCUUCCUGCUUCCAUUACUGUGCAGAUGACUGAUGUGAAACGCUAAACUCUUCUGUGCACUGAGUAAUAAACUGAAUCACACAUUAGACUCGUGAGCCUGGCUCGGUUUACGAGGAUAUUUGUUCAAAGAUCUCGAAGGUUUUAACUCUGCAUGCAGGAAAAGUCACGUUAAUGAAAGCGAAGCUUGUGAAGUCGUCUUUGGUCUGCUGCGGUAAAGAGAUAAUAAAAUGCCAUCUCUCUGAUCUACAGCAGCUGUAUCCUUGUGUUUACAAAACCUGAUUUUCUCACCUCAUCUCCACCGUUGUAAAAACAGAGAUCACAGCGGUUAUUAAGGAAACAUUAAAGUGAUAUGAAUGAGAGGUUUGUGUGGCUUUUUCUGUUGUGUGAGCUGCUCCUCCUGCAGAGGCACAAAAACACCUUUAUUCUUAUGUAACGCGUGUCUCAUGAUGGCUGAAUAAAUCUGUCCGUUUCUCACCAAAA